UGAGCUGCAGGAUGUCUGCUCUGAGGCUGAUUUCUAACAGAACCUCCCAGCAAGCCUUAUCUAAUUCUGAUUACACCUGGGAGUACGAGUACUAUGAGUAUGGACCAGUGUCGUUCGAAGGCCUGAAAGCUCAUAAAUAUUCCAUUGUGAUUGGAUUUUGGGUUGGUCUUGCAGUUUUUGUCAUCUUCAUGUUUUUUGUCCUGACCCUGCUGAUGAAGACAGGAGCACCACCCCAUCAAGACAAUGGAGAACCUUCUGAAAAAAGAUUUCGCAUGAACAGCUUUGUGGCAGAUUUUGGAAGACCUCUGGAGUCAGAGAGGGUCUUUUCACAUCAAAUAGCUGAGGAAUCCCGGUCACUUUUCCAUUUCUGUAUUAAUGAGGUGGAACAUUUGGAUAAAGCAAAACAAAGUCAGAAGGGUCUGGGUCUAGAGAGUAAUACCUACUUCCAGGAAGUUCCCAGGAGCAGUGGAAUGUUUGAGGAGGACCUAAAUUGUCUUACAAAAUUUAACAUUCCUAACUUUGUGAACACGGAUCAGAACUCUUCAGCAGGUGAGGAUGAGCUCCUCAUCUCAGAGCCACCAAUCAUUUUGGAAAGCAAAUCGGUCGUGCAAUCUUCCCAUCGGAUCCUUGACUGA